GCAUCACGAUUGCUCUUCUCUCGUGGUUGAAAGAUUAUCAUAUGGGUGCUGCGAUGGCUAUGUUCCGCAAAAGGUUGAUGCGUGAGCCUUCAGCGUACCCUAAUCAACGAAUAACUUUCUUGGACCAAUACAUGUUGAGGGAGUUGGCUAAAGAUUACAAGCACUUUUCAGGAGGUCGUAAGUGCUUCAAGUUCAGGGAUUUCUUUGCGGAACACUUCAUCGGGACAGCUCCAAUUGAAUCAGCUACUCACAAGAAAUGGUACAUCGAUGUUGAUCAUCUUUAUGCUUGCCUCUUUAUCAAUGGGGAUCAUUGGGUUGCUCUUGAUAUUGACCUUCCUAUGAAGAGGAUUAACAUCUACGAUAGCAUCCCACACUUGACCACUAAACCUGAAAUGGCGAGACAAUGCAUGUUUUUGCGAGAAAUGAUCCCUGCCAUGAUGAGUGCUAUGGUACCUGAGGAGAUACGUAAGAAGAGUAAUGCAAGGCUGGAAGUGAAAAGGAUUAAAAAGAAAGUACCGUUGAAUAAAGAUCCCGGCGAUUGUGCUAUCUACACAAUCAAAUACAUCGAGUGUUUGGCUCUUGGGACAUCAUUCGAUGGGCUUUGCGUUGAAAACAUGAAGGCAAUACGUAUUAAACUUGCAGCGGAGCUAUAUGAUGAAGUGAGAGAGACGGCCAGACCGUAUGAGCUUGAUAUGUGUCGUGAAGAAAUCAGAAUCCCUCAACUCGAAGACUCUCCGUAGUUUCUUCUAUUUUAUUUCAUGACAUCUCGGAUUUGUAGGUUGUUAUUGUUUCUUUGUUUCUCAGACCUAAUUCUACUACGUUUUAAACGUCUAAGUACCUUUGUUUCUCUUUGUUGAACGUUUAAGUACCUUAUGGUUGGAUGUUUUUAUUUUGUUUCAUGUAUCGACUUUAUGAAGUAGACCUUAAACACCAAAAAAACAGAACAUAUGGUACUUAGAAGCACACAAUAAGUGAAUGGCAAACAG